AUCCUUUACUUUUCCUCCUCUCACAGAUAUUACUAUCUUGCAUUUCGGGCUCACCAGAUGCCCGAGACCAGCAUAGAGAACGCUGUUUCCAUCCUGCAGCGAGCCAAAUUAGAGGACUGGGUACUGGGGAAAACAAAGGUGUUUCUGAGGUACUACCAUGUGGAGCAGCUCAACCUGCUGCUGCGGGAGGUGAUCGCUCGGGUUGUGGUGUUGCAAGCGUACACUAAAGGCUGGCUGGGCGCCCGACGUUACCGAAAACAGAAGAAGAAGAGAAACCACGGUGCCAUCAUCAUCCAGUCAG